AUGUAUCCCAUCUCCGACCUCACCUCGUUCUGUCGCAGGACUACCGGCGAUGUGCCCCCAAAGCUAGUGGGAGCGUCGACGACCGUCGUCGGUUCCAAGAUGUACCUCUAUGGUGGUCGCUUGGUAUCUGAGCGUAGGAUGGUCUCCGAUAUCUACAUGUUUGACUUGGAGUCAUUUAACUGGGAACGCCUACCCCAGUCAGCAGAGGAUGACAUCCCGCAGGCACGGUACUUCCACAGCGCGGACGCAUGGCGCAACCACCUCAUCAUCUUUGGUGGGAUGGCAAUCAAGCCGCACUCAGACAACCCUGAAGAUUUGUGUGUCCUGAACGACGUCCGGCUGUUCAAUCUGUCCACCGGUCAUUGGGUACCGUCAUCUUCUACUCCCGGGGAUGCAUCGCCUCAGGCGUUCGUACCGAAUGCACGAUACGCCCACCUUAGCUCCGUCACCGCUGACCGGCUAUUCAUUAUCGGAGGCCAAGACCUGGCGAACGUCUGGCUGGAUGACGUGUACAUCUACGAUCUCAACGCCAAGGCUUGGAUCCAGCGUCGCGAGUACUCUCGGCAUUGUGGUACAUAUCGCAGCGUAGCCGUGACCGGAGAUAUGCGCGUUCGUCUCCCACAGGAAGAAAUGCGCAACGGUCAGUCGCCAUCUUCGAACCUGGGGCCGGUGGGUACCCGGUUCAAGGUGAACAAGGCGGCGGCUCCGACCACGUCGGUAACUCAACCGGAGUCACUCGUGCACUUGCCGUACUCAGCCCCGCCAACUGACGACUAUCCUUGUGACGUAUUCCUCUUCAGUAAUUAUAACUUCACAGACGUACAGCGAGAACUAGAGGUUUUCUCGCCGAUUUCAGACGGCGAUUUCACUGUAUCCGAUCGCUCUGCUUCCAUGGUUGGCACCUCCUUUCCCCCGGGUCUUCGAUUCCCUACCGGUGCCAUUCUCGGAACCUUCUUUAUUGUCGCGGGCACCUAUCUCUCACAGAGCUACCAGUCCUUCUCGAUUUGGGCGCUGGAUCUUAUCAACAUGACCUGGUCACGGGUCGAUCCUGGCACCACGCUGAACACUGGCUCGUGGUUCCGUAGCUGCCUCUGGCCUGCCGCGAACAAGUUUCUUGUGUUUGGCAACCGACAUGGAAACCUAGUCGAGGACUACAACCGCCGCCUACUCAGCUGGGAUCACGUCACAUGUAUUGACCUGGAAGCCUUCGGUAUCUACCAACCACCUCCGCUCAUCCUUGACAUUCCUUCGCAGGAGCUGGGCCUGGCUGCGUUCGAGGAGGGCGCACUCACUGAUUUCGAGAUUGUAUGCGAUGACGGGCGCAAGAUUAAGUGCUCGCGGAGACUCCUCGAGGACCGCUGGCCUUGGUUCAGAGAGCAGCGUAGGCUCUUCCUUCAAGCUGCGCAACGUUCCGCGGAGACGAUGCCCGCCAUUCCGCAGCAUGUGCCUCUUCCUCUGUUAGCUGGCGAUCAUGGUGGGCAGGAGCUCCGACCGGAUCCCCGUCUGACCCCUCGCGCCUUCCUCUUAUCGGAACCGUAUCCAAUUACGCUCGCGCUGGUGCAGUAUUUCUACUCGAUGGCUCUCGUCACGCCCCUUCAUCAUGCGCCUGCGGUGCUGAGUCAGCUCUUGCUACUGUCGAGCACGUACGAGUUGACGCACCUGCAGUCGCUUGUCAAGCACGCGAUGCAUCGUGCGCUUAGCUAUGGUACAUCCGUGGCGAUAUAUGGUGUCGCAACGCUCUGUAGUUGCCGGAGUCUCCAGAUACGGUAA